UUACUCUCGUCUGCCCUUCCCUUACUGCGAAGAUGGCGGUCUCCAGAGUGUGGUGCGCUCGGGCUGCUUUGUGGGGUUCGGCGGGGCCCCCUGGACCUUAUGUCGCCCGGAGGCUGCCGUUUGUUCGCUCUGGCCUGGCCUGGGGGGCCCCUCGGUCUUCAAAGCUUCACCUUUCUCCAAAGGCAGAUGUGAAGAGCUUGAUCUCUUAUGUGGUGACCAAGACAAAAGUGAUUAAUGGGAAAUACCAUCGUUUCUUGGGUCGUCAUUUCCCCCGCUUCUAUGUCCUGUAUACAAUCUUCAUGAAAGGAUUGCAGAUGUUAUGGGCUGAUGCCAAAAAGGCUAGAAGAAUAAAGACAAAUAUGUGGAAGCACAAUAUAAAGUUUCAUCAACUUUCAUACCGGGAGAUGGAGCAUUUGAGACAGUUCCGUCGAGACGUCACCAAGUGUCUUUUCCUAGGUAUUCUUUCCAUUCCACCCUUUGCCAACUACCUGGUCUUCUUGCUAAUGUACCUGUUUCCUAGGCAACUGCUGAUCCAACAUUUCUGGACCCCAAAGCAACAAAUUGAUUUCUUAGAUAUCUAUCAUACUCUCCGGAAGCAGUCCCACCCAGAAAUUCUUUGUUAUUUAGAAAAGGUUAUCCCUCUCAUUUCUGAUUCAGGACUCCGGUGGCAUAUGACAGAAUUGUGCACCAAGAUGCAACGUGGUACCCACCCAGCAAUACAUGAUAUCCUGGCUCUGAGAGAGUGUUUCUCUAACCAUCCUCUGGGCAUGAACCAGCUCCAUGCUUUGCAGAUGAAAGCCUUGAGUCGAGCAAUGCUUCUCACACCUUAUCUGCCUCCUGUCUUGUUGAGAUACCGCUUAAAGACACAUACCACUGUGAUUCACCAACUGGACAAGGCUUUGGCAAAGCUGGGGAUUGGUCAGCUGACUGCCCAGGAGGUGAAGUCGGCUUGUUACCUUCGUGGCCUGAAUUCCACCCAUAUUGCUGAAGAGAGGUGUCGAGCUUGGCUGGGAGAAUGGCUACAGCUUUCCUGCAGCCUGAAAGAAGCUGAGCUGUCCCUCUUGCUACACAAUGUGGUCCUGCUUUCCAUCAACUACAUUGGGACAAGGCGCUGAGCCGACAAGAAGCGGGUGGCAUUGUCCUGCAUGCAGUCACGUAGUCCAGCAGCGUGGAACCAAACAGCACUUGUCAGCAGAGUGUGUG